UGCAACUGUUUCAAUAACUUCAGGCAAAAAAAUAUACAUAUGUGAGAUAAUAUAAAAUGCACUUUGACGACGCUAAAAAUGAAAUGCUGCAGAUAUUGCGCAGAACUGAAUCACGAGACCUGGCUAAGUUGAUAGACUGGCUGAAACAUUCUGGUGAUAUUGAUGACUUCUUAGUUGACAAUCAAAGAGCUAUACUCCACAGUAUUGCAGAGGACCUCAGAUCUUGUCUUCCAGUGGAUGCUGUGUUUCCUUCAGAGACCUUGGCCAUUCAGAAGACCCAGAAGAACCCUAACCCUACUGUGCAUGUGGAUGCAUUUUUGUAUGAUGAGGACACAGUAGAUUCCCUCUGUGAGGAGGGUAAGAUGAGUCGCAACUACUGUGUCAGUUGUGGAUCGCAUAGAACAGCUCCUCUGGAGUUCAUCUCGCAUUCCUUCUCUAUCCCGGAACUCCAGUUCCUAUUUUAUCACGUUCUCCCAGACCUGACAGGAAAGUUGGUAGUGGAUGUGGGUUCCCGGUUAGGAACAGUGCUCUAUGGGGGCUUCCUCUACAGUGCAGCAGCACAACUUGUUGGGGUUGAAAUAAAUGAAGAGUUUGUCAAGCUUCAGACAAUGACUGUGGAGAAGUAUGGCUUUAGUGACAGAGUUCAGGUGAUCCAUGCCAAUAUUUGCUCACAGGCAGCCUUAGUGCAAAACUCAGAUGUGUUGAUAAUGAACAAUGUCUUUGAGUACUUUAUUGAGCCCAAAGACCAAGUAAGAGCCUGGCAGUUUAUCAGCCAAAAUUUUAGGAAGAAAGGUGCACUGUUGGUAACUGUUCCCAGCAUUCAGGAAUCUCUCAUGUCACUGCAAGAAACCAGUGCAGCAUCAACCAUUGGCUACUGGUUGCAGGAAGUGUCACUUAAUUAUAGUGCAUAUCUGCAAGGUGAUGCAGACCCAGAUUCUAUCAAACAAAUACAUCUCUACAUGGUACUAUGAUCUAAACAAAGAAAACAUUCAGUGAGGACUCCUAGGAAGAGUAUGAUUUCUUGGAAACAGACUGUGACUUAUAAUGUUGUUACUACAUUUUCAUGUUUGAAUAAGAGCUAUCAACAAAUAAAUAUGAGUUCUAUA